GUCGGUCAGUCAGCUGAGUGGACAGUCUGGGACUCCUCACAACUUAAUUCAGGAUGAAGACUUCUGCCGGUCUGGAUGUCCUCUUCUGCUCCAUCGGAUGAAGACUACUGGACUGAUCGGAUGACCACUUGUGCCCGGCUGGGAGAAGACGGCUCAAGACUGCACUAGUCUCUGUUCUCUGUAGCCACUAUGCAGCCCAGCCUGUCAUUAUGUUGCCUCUUGCUCCUGUGUUGUGCACUGAGUAAUGCUGCUCUGAGAAAGCCAAAGAAAGCAGCAGCACCAGUAGAGGCCAACGACACUGCCAAAUCACAGACAGAGGCGCCCCAGAAAACUGCAACCGCCCCACAAACACUGGCCAGAGGCUGGGGAGAUGACAUUGAGUGGGCUCAGACAUAUGAAGAGGCUUUAGCCAAGUCCAGGACAAGCAAGAAACCCCUAAUGGUCAUUCAUCACUUGGAGGAUUGUCCCUACAGCCAAGCCCUGAAGGCAGCCUUCGUAGCAGAUCCACUGGCACAGAAACUGGCUAAGGAAGACUUUAUAAUGAUUAAUCUGGUGCACCCUGUAGCUGAUGAGAACCAGUCCCCAGAUGGACACUAUGUGCCAAGGAUCAUGUUUGUUGAUCCCUCAAUGACAGUUCGAACUGACUUAACUGGCAGAUAUGGAAACCGACUGUAUGCCUAUGAAUCUGGUGACAUACCUGAAUUGGUCACAAACAUGAAGAAAGCCAACGUCUUGCUUCACACUGAGCUGUAAGUGCCCCCUCAAGAAGCAGCCAUCUGCAAAACCCAACACACUUGAAAUACAACAGAGGAACAAGAUAAUUUGUUUGGCAAUUCCGUUAGACAUCUCAUGUGCAGGCUCUGACUUAAUACCUCUCCUGUGCUACAGACGAGGUGUUCAGCAAAUCUGUCCCCAGGCCUUCUCCAAACACGAUUGAUCAUACUCUUACCUGACCGCAAUCAAAAUGACUGAGCCACCGAUAAGCUACCUGUUAUUAACAAAUGAUAUCCUAAAAUCCUAGCCUGUUGAGUGGGCUGAGAACAGGUUUGCUCAUUCCUGCCACUGACCUCUGCACACUCUAACCUCAUAGUGACCCCACCUUGUAUCCAGUAGCACUGAAAUCCAUUCAUUACUGCCAUCACUUUUCCUGUCUCCCAGCAGUCUGUCUCGAUUCCAAGAUGCUUGUAGCCCUCUUCAAAUGUUUUAACAUUAAUGAUGCAGGUGCCUCCUAUCCCAGCUUAUCCCUACAUCUGGUGGCUGUUCCUCAUAUUUCCCUCUCUGUGAACCAUGACCCUACUAUUUACCUGCACUGCAUAUUUGCAGCAACCUAUUACCUUUUUUUCAGUACAAACCUACACCUUAUUCUCCCUGAAGCCUGUCUCAUAAGGUUCCAUCUUCAUAAUCCUUUUAUUUCUGGCCUGCGGAAGCUGCCAUUUUUCCUUCUAACCUCCUGUCUUCUGUGCUUCAGCACAAUUUCUAUUAUUUUCCAAACUAAUAAUACACUGCUCCUUUUGUAUAUAAUAAAGAAGUAUUCUAGGUGGUAUGCAGAGUAUAAACUAGUCCUAGGAAGCUUCAGGUCUUCCUUGGCCAACAGUUUCUUGAACGUUAUACCUGGUAUCCAAGGGUCACUUGCUUUAUAACUUUCUACAUUUUAUACAAAUUAUUUACUAUGUAUUUGUAAGUUGAACAAAUAAACUAUUUUAUCCAAAUGAAA